AUGCCCAGAACCGUAUUGGUAGCUCCAGCCUUUUUCAAACGUAUAUGGAUCAAACGGGAACCCCAUAAGCAUUGUUCCUCCUCAUUCUACCUCGGACCUCAGCCAAACCUGCUUCAAUCCUCCAUAUACCUCUGCGACUUCUUCACCAAUAUCCGCUUUUUCUGCAAUGCGAUUGGGAGCCGUCCAAACAACGCCCACAAUCAACACCACAGCUGCCUAGAGAUGUCCAAGUUCGUGACAAGCACAGGUCCCCUGGUCUGUCGUCAGGUUAAGCACAACGUCCUCAGGACAUCCCUCCAGUUUUCUUUACCAUUUCCUGUACCGCCGUUCCCAAAACAAUUUCGGUCAACCUCAAAGAGAAGUUGUCGAGCUCAAUCUCCAUCCAUUCGCACCCCAUCUCCAUCUUUUUUUGCCACAGAAGUUCACACCGAACGUAACUCGGUUCCUGGUCCUAGCAAACCCGUACCCGCGAAGUUCUUUGAUGCCCCAGAGCUUCCGGGAACGCCUUCCGACGGCGCUUUGUUUUGGAAGCCAAUUGUUCAGCCCUGUAUCUCGGAAACUGUUCAAGUGGGCGACCCCUUCAAGGACGAAACAGAACCGGCUGGCCGGUUCAUCGAAGUGUCCAAAGAUAAACCCACGCAUGCUUUAUAUUGGAACAGGCGCCAUCCGAUUUACAGCUUUCUUCAAGAGCAAAGGACCAUUUUCGACGCCGGUGCCUCUACCUCACCCUCUUCCUCCACCACUACUACGCCCAUGCCGAGCCUUCUUAGCAAUGCUUAA